AUGGAAAAAUCAACGUCCUAUAAGGCAGGUGAAAAAUUUUUUUGGCAACUUAAUCAGUCGCUGUUGCUGCCGGGUGAUAUUGAUUUUAGAUGGGAAGAUUAUCGAGAAAUUGUGCAGCCUGACAAAGUCAGCUUUUGGGUGAUGCUUGGAAGUUUAUUGACUUUUAUUCUUUGGAAUGUAUUUCUCACAUUUUAUCUAUCGCGAAUAAUUGGACCGAUAGUAGGUUUCAUACUUACGAAGAUUAUUCGAUUAAAAGGAUACAAUGGCUAUAUUUCGAUUGAUUCCUUUUCUAUAAGUCCGUUGGCUGGUAAAGCUAUGUUCCGCAAUUUUCGAUGGACAUGUUGCGAUUAUUUUUUACACUGUAACGAUGAAAGUGAAAAGUCGAAAUGGGAUGAAUAUUAUCAGAAAAUAUGGACAUUAAUUGGUUAUAUAAAAUUAGAUAUUGGUUCUGCAAAAAUAAAACUUAAAGAAUCCCCUAAUGUAAAUGAUCAAGCAUUGGUGAACAUAGUCGCAGAUAUGGAAAAUCUUCGUGUAUCUUUGUCAAAACGAGAAAAUUUUGAGAAAAGUCGACCACCUGGUUUUGUAGGACGUCAUGAUCCCCCACCACGAACAAUGGGUGAUGGAUUUGUUGUUAUACAAAGCGCCCAUUUAAAAUUAUUUUACAGCCAAAGUUUAUUAGGUCUUGAGGGCGAAGAAGUGCAGUCAAUUGCAAAUGGACCAAUUUGGGAAUCAGUUUGGCGAUUUGGUAAAAAUACUAUAUUUUCUUAUGGACCAUGGGCCGAUUCGCAAAGAAUUUUAAUUCAGAAUUUUUUUUUUCCUCCAGAAUAUCGUGAUUCUGAAAUAACGCAAUUACCGAAACAAGGAGAAAUGCGUCAAUUUUUGGCUCAUGAUAUUCGAGUAAUACUUUUGAGCGAUUCAUCUAUUGAUGUAUGGUUUAUGCGAGGUGAUGAACUAAAUGCACUUCACGUUCGCGUUCAGCGUGGUUCAUCUUUGGAUUGGAAAAUUCCUUGGUCCAUAUCAGAAAAUGGAUAUAAAUCAUUUGCACGUGUUUCAUUAUUACAUGUGGAAUCGUCCACGUCUCUGUUAUAUCCGAAAUUUUUUCAAUGUGAAACUUUUCUUUUAACCGUUGAAGCGCAUUAUCCUCGUGUGUUCAAUGGUCAUCAAUUGUGGGAAUAUUAUCUCGAAACCAGCAAAACGGAUAUUUGGUUCGUUUGGGACCUUAAGAGAUUCUUUUCAGAUCUAUUCACUGAAUGGAAUAUUGGAUCUGUUCCUGAUUUAUAUACUUUCAUUCCUUGCACAUGGAAAUUCUAUGCUAAAGUGAUAGAUAAUUUUCAGCUUUUCUUAGUGCUAAAUGAUAAAAAUUGGAUUGAUACAACUUCCUCUUCAUCAUCCGAGAAUUCUCUUGCAUCGAUUACGGUUAAAGAGAUUCAUAUGAACUUCGACCUUCCUUUCAUAGAUUUCUGUCCAGAAACAGUAUCAACGAAGUUUAUCAUCGAGACUCGAGGAGAUCUUGUGCUUAGUUUUUGGUUUCCCAAACAAAAUACAUCAGCUCUGCUCGUUCACUCACUCAUGAAAAAUGCUGCUUUUAUUGCCUUCAAUAAUAUGCUUAAUUCAAAUAUUUUUGCUCCUAAGGAAUGGAUAAAAAUUUGGCGUGCUAAAAAUAUUUCUUUAUCUAUUGAAUAUACAUAUUAUUCAUCAAAAGUGGAUAUAUCUUCUGAUUUGCCGCACCAUGUUGUUUCUAAAGAAAAUAUAGAAUUGCCAAAACAUCCGAUCUAUCUUCCUCCUAAUAAUCUGAUCGUCAAGGCUGUGAUAUCCACUUCUGAAAUUCUUCUCACUGGUAUUUUAGCUAGACUCAUAAUUAAUUUAAAAAAUAAUUAUUUCGGUUUGUAUGACCAACUUUCUAAUAUUUUAAAUGAUGGCUCAAAUGUCCAGCAAUGUUUAUAUGGCAAUGUUUUGCACCAUAUGGAUCAUUAUAGGCCACUUGCUGUGCGAUUGUGCUUAAGAUUACAGUCAAUUAAAGCUCAUUGUCUUGUACAUAACAGCAAACCAGAUUCUUUGACAUCAGGCAGUCAGUAUCCCGUUAUUAGUACGAAGGAAAUCGUUAUUGAAAUUGUGAAAAGUCCACUCGAUGUUCUAGUUCAAGUUGUUCUUGGUAGAGUGAAUAUGCACUUUGAAGGAUCUUCCAAUUCUGAUGGAAAGAUAACGUUAAAAUCUUUUUCAUUUCGUGGAAAGGCUUUGUUUUCGGAAGCAGAUAUACCUUGGGAUGUUUCCUUUAUAGAAUAUGCGUGGAUGACGGAAAUUGUCAUUGGUACAAUAACGGCGAAAGUACAUCCUUCUCAAAUCGUUUUGAUUCUACAGUUCCUUGAGUCAUUUAUUUUGUUGGCAGAUUGUCCAGAUGACAAGUUGUUAAUUCCGGAAAGAUAUGAAACAUGUCAUCAUGUUCAUAAUAUUCGUUCUUGUCCCUAUUCAUCUUUAAAUAUUGUAGAUGACAAAGGAAAGCUUAUAAAUUGCGUAUCAGAAAAUGAUCUAAAAUAUGAAAUGGUCCGAAUUAGUAUUGAUGCUAUCAAUUUGUUAGUAAUCGACGAACAAUUUGCAUUUAAUAUUGCAAUAUCAAGUUUACAAUUUGCAUUUUGUAAUUGCCAUGAAGCUUCUUUUACAUCGAAUUUGAAUGUGAAUAGUUCUUUGAUUUCAAUUAAGCUACUUGCAUUAAUGAAUCCUGUCGAAAAUUCAAAUACUUGGUCCUGUUGUGGUGAAUUUUCGUUGGAAGGCAUAAAUUUAAAUAUAGGAUUGCCACACUCGCCUAAUCAGAGGCGUUUCAUACAAGAAAAGAAACUAUUCUUAACGAAACAUGACAAAAGAACCAUGAGACUUCGCUUUUUGUGGAAUAAACGUGAUGAUUGCUUUUGUUAUGAACGUAAUCGAUUUUUUGGCACAACUGAUAUUAUAAAUAGUACUUUUUCUUAUGAUAAAGCUUGUUUGGUAAAAGAAUCAAUCAAGAAAGUUGAAUGUGAAGCUAUCGAAAUUGGCCAAAGCUUGGUGUAUUCGAAAAAGAAAGCAUUAAUCACUGAUGAAAAUGUAAGCGAAAAUUCCGAAAUUGCAUUCGCUUUAGAAAUUCCUAAUGAGAAAAAGGAAAUACGGCGUAUGUUAUCUGAUGAGUCUUUUCAUUCGGCUAUUUCAUCUCAGUUUAUUAGUUUGUCUCAUCAUAUGACCUGUCCUAUACUUUCAACUCCUAUUUUAUCAAACACUUAUUCCACUUUUCUUAGCUCUUUUAGAAUCCGAGACCACUGUAUCGACAGUUCGAGCUUUGAUGGAAUGUUUUUUGAGAAAAAAUGUGUUGGCGUAAAUGAUAUCACAUUUGGACACAUUGUUAAACAGAAAAGAACUUCACCAACAAAUCAGUCUGGUUUUGCGAAAUCAUCAAAUAAUGUAGAUUAUAAUGUAAAAAAUGAUGAAACUUUCUCAGUCAGAGGUACUUUGGCUUCUAAUAUUAAGAUAUUUGCUACACCUCUCUGCCUUGAAAUUAUUGAACAUAUUGGUCAGUCGUUGGUACUCGCUAUCACUUCAGUACAUCCUGUAUUUAUUAUGCAACAUCUAUAUACAAAAUGCGUGUUUGGACUUCAUGCUCAACCUCUUAUUGUACAUAAAAAUGCUGAAAAAAGCGGAAAUGCUAUUUCAAUAGAUUUGACUCUUCCUGUCGUUGAAAUAAAUCUUUUUCAUUGUGGCCUUAUCGAAAAAACAGUUCAGUCUUAUUUGCUGGAAGAUUCUGCAUCUCAUUUAACGCGCAGUGGUAUGUUCAACGAAACAAAUAUCGAAUAUAAAUAUGCUCAUUGUCAUGCGCAGUUUCUUGAAUUUGUCGAAUCAGUUAAAAUGGACUUUACUCAUAAUAAGGUUUUAUCGUCAUGUUAUUCAACUAAUUGGCAUGAUUUGAAUUGUAAUGAUCCACUCAAUAAAUUCGACCUUCGCGUAAUUGCUGAUUUAGAUAUUCCAGAAAUAUCUAUAAGUGUGAAUUCUCGUCCACUGCUACUAUCGGAACGAUCGAGUGAAAGCACACUUCACUGUCAGUUAUCUAUGGGGCCGAUUCAUAUGUCGUUUGGUCUCUGUAAACCAGUCGAUCAAACAAAUAGCAAUGAAUGGCCGUUAUUCGAUGUAUUUGCACCAUGUGUUAAUGCUUGGACAUGUUCCAUUCAUCGCUUCACUCAUUCUAUGAAUUCUAACUUUCUACAGAUAGAUGGUUGGAUUGAUAUAAUUCUUAUAAAAACUUUAUCAGAUGUUCUUGAUUGUACUGUAGAUCAGGUCUUCGCUAACUCCAAAAGUUGUUUUGAUAGUGUGCGAGUGCUUCAGAGUUCCUUGGCAUCAUGCCCAAGCUGUAAAUUGACUCAAAUUCUCAUGCGUUAUUCGAUAAACGAAGAUCUUUCUGCUUACUGGAAUGAAAUUGAUCUCGUUGAUUGCUCUAAAUUAAUUCCCUAUGAAUUGCGCAAACAAGCUCUUAUCGCUUUAUUGAGCCAUUGUCAGACCAUAAUUUGUUCAUCAGUAAAGCUUGUUGAUUCAAAAUCAGCAAAGCGAUUUGUGCAUUUACCUGCACGUGAUAAAGAAAGAUUGAAAAUAAAUAUUGAACCAGUCGAUGUGGUGGAUUUCCGACUAGAUUCGAGAAACAGUGGUUUUAUUAAUGAACGGCAUAUCAUGGAUAAGCAGAAAAACAUGGAUCUUUAUCAUUGGAUAUUAGCGAAGCAUAAAGAGUACAAAGAAGCAACUUCUAAAACGAAGAUACCACAGAAAACUCUCGAGGACUCGUCUAAUAUAAAUUUGAUGGAAAUUAACUUAUCGAUAUUUUUCUGGUCAAUUUAUGAAGAAAGAAACUUAGAGCAGUCGUGGCGCGGUAGAAUGCGACUUCCUGACCUAAAUAUAGAGUGGUCUGUCGAAUGCAGCGAAGUAAAAAUCGAUUUACUGGAACCAAAAAUGAUUUCGUCAUCAAAUGUUAAUUAUCUAUCGUUAACAAAGCAUCAUUUGUUUCAUUUGGAAUCCUUCAUGCCGAUGGGUCAAUUGCAUUUGUUGAUGCAAUUAGAUGAGUACAAACUCAGACCAAAAAAAGCAUUAUGCAAUCUUUUAUAUACAUCUACAAUUCAAAAUAUUCGAUUUACUCUAUCAGUGGCAUCUGUACUGUUCUUGAAUGACUUAUCUAGAGUGAUAAGAUCUUAUUCCUGUAUGAAAACUCAUCUUGAAAACUCAUCCAGCCAAAAAUCUUCAGCUGAGGAAGUCACUAAGGAAGAAAGGAGGAAGGAAGCUCCAGAGUCAUCCUCUGGAAGCAGUAAUGAAUAUUUUCACGAUUUCUCUUGGGUUGAUGCAGUAUUGGAUAAACUGAAAGAUUAUAACAGAACACGGGGUGGUGAUAUUCAAAAACGAAACUUUUAUGUUCAAACAGAUAUCAGUGGAGAACACUGCUUCAAGAUGGUUAUACUCGAAAUGGCACUCACUCAUCUUUUUGUAUCUUUAACAUUUAAAAAAAUUCAGCUCUCACAUAACCAUAAAAGAGAUGAAAUCGUGGAGCAGAAAAAGCAAUUGUUGGAUCUGAUUAAUCUUUCAUUACAACGUUCAUAUUUGAUAUUAUCUGAAUUUGUUGUUGGUUUAGAUGCAAAACAUAUUAUCAGUUUUUCAAUAAAAUCAAGUACAUUUUCCUUUAAAAGAGAACGGGAAAUUGAUAAAUCCAUCAAUAAUUUCGUCAAUUUAUCUAUUGGCGAUAUCGAAGGGAAUAUGCCGAUCCACGCUCAAAAUUUACAUGAAGUAGUGCUAAGGAAUGUAUCCCAAUUAACAGAACAAAUGACUCGAUUGGAGUAUGAUGAAUCAUUUGUGGGAGAAUAUUCUCCUCACCUCCAUGAUCAUCAAAUUAUGGCUGUUAUUUUCUUCGAAGUUCAUUUGAGCAGUGUAGAAUUGACUGCACAACUUCUACCAUCGCUUAAAGUCAAAUAUCGUCUUGAGCACUUGGAGAGUAGUGGCUAUACUGGUUCUUCUGCAAAAUUCAAAUCGGUUAUAAGUAAUCAUGUCCUCUUUUUUACUGUUUCCUCAGCUGAUGAAAAGAGGUUAUCUCCUAUUUCAUCGGAUAUUUUUACCCUGGCACUUCCUCGUAUCAUAGCAGAUGGAAUAUAUAGAUCAGUGACAAGUGAUGGUCAGUUGAAACAAUCCGUGAAUUCUGAUGAAAAAGGAAAAACUGCUACAGAGAAUGAUAGGAAAAAGGAGUGGUGGCAUACAGAUGAUGGAAAUGAUAAAGGAAAUUUACAACUUCACGAAGGAGGAUAUUUUGACAUUGAACUGAUUAUUGGGAAAUUGGAUCAUUCAUUCACAACAGAUCUUUUAAAUCAAGUUUUAUUUGCCGAACAGUGUUUUCGUUCUGAGCUUUCCUCUCUUAUUAAUCGUAUUUCCAUGGAUCAAUCUCCUCAUCCAACCUUUUUCCAUGAUCACUCAUUGCUUUCGCAGAAUCGUUUUUUAUUCAUUCUUUCUAUUAAAGAAGAAGCUACUCCUUGGCUUCAGUUGACAGCGAGCACACCUACUUCGAUCGCAGUUCGUUUGACAUUUGAUAAUAUUUCAGCUACAUUAACAAAUAUGUUGGCUCAAAAAAAUGGUGUUUAUAAUAAACGAUUAUAUGGCAAAGCAACGAUUGGCGUUAAUGCAAAACUAGGACAGCUGGUGAAAAGUGCUAUGUUCGAAGAGAUCGACGCUGAAUUACAGGAAUUUGCCACAUUUAUGACACAGAUUUCUUUUCAAAAUAAGGAGAGCAGUGUUCACACAUCAUAUAGUUACGUAAUCACGGUGAAACGGCCAAUACUUCUCGUGAAAUCGACUGCUAUUGACAAAGCACUAUUACUUUGGUUGAACUAUAAAAAUGCAUAUGAUUACUGGCGUGAAGAACGCAGUAAGCUUUUGAAAUCAGAAAGACGUGACUCAAGAACGACAGCCUCGUUUUCUUCUGUUCCUGAAAUGAACGUCAAUUUAUCUUUAAAAAUUGUGGAUGGUGCUUAUAUAUGUAUGCCACUUUAUAGUGCGGAUCUAAGUACAGAUAUGUCUGCACUUAUCAUAUCACUCCAAAGCUCAGAUAUCACUGUGUGCAUACAAAAAGAGCUUGCUUGUCAAGCUGCUUUUCAUAAUUUUAAAGUCAGAUUUAUUGACAAUUUUGAUGACCAGGCUUUGAAUGAUUCUUUACUGGACGAAAAGGGUGAUUCUACUGGCACCAACUUUUUUUAUUUUCCAGAAGGGACUUAUCAAAUCGUAUCGCGGGCAAGUGCUGCUAGUGGGCCAUCACAGAGCGCAAAAUGGUUGCUGUUAGUGAAAUGGCAAAUGCGAGGAAUGGUGAUUGAUCUUGAUUAUCGUAUUGGUAAAUUGAUUGUUCUGUUGAUGAACACAUUUUCAUCGUUAACUUCUGAUAACAUUGAUGAUGAUUGGGGUGAUCUCAUACCUGAAUCUCUUCUUUAUGAUUCUGAUGAUGAAAAGAGAGAAGAUGAUGACAUUGAUUCUACUGGAGAACUAGGUAGUCUUGCCCAAGAAGAACGUGUUCAGUGGAUCGAAAGAAAAAUGCAUGAACAAUCUGUGCUUGUGAACGAUUUAAUACAAUGCGGAGCAACUGAGCCCGCCAUUGAAAAAGAGCGUCGGACUCUAAGAAAACUAGAAUUAGCACGAUUUCGCCAGUUUCGUAAAUCGGUGCUGGAUAAAUUAAAACGAAAUGCCAUGCGUCAUAAAAGACGAUUCACUGAAGCGAGGAAGAACGAGUCAUUUUCGCGAGAACUUCCCCGAAAUAAAUCGUCUACUGUUAUAUCCACAAAUUCUCGAUAUUCGCAACAAUCUGAAUAUCCAUCCAGUAAGCCAGAGAACAUACAUAUCAGUGAUACUGUCAAUAUGGAUAUUAGUGUACAGAUAGAUAUCGAGUCAGGGAUGUGCACUUUGCGAGCAGCUGAAAAAAAUGAUGAACAACUUAGUUUGUUUAUUAAACGACCUUCGACCCGAGAUCUUCGAUCAAAAAUAACUUCCUCUAAUAAUACUAUUACAACUUUGACAAUUCCAAGUGUAAGUAUCAAGGCAUACUAUGUUUCCAUUGAUUUCAACCAAAGUCAGCACAUCUCACGAUCUGUUCAGUCGUUUCUGGCUCACAAAUAUGGGAAAUCAAGCCAGUGGAAACGACCGGCUUUUUAUUUAUCAAUGGAAUUGGCCAGCAUGCCUCAAGAAUCUUUAGUAACACCAAGCCUUGCCGAUUUCAUCGAACAGUUAGUUGAUGCUUUACCAUCUGGAGUUAUGACGAAUUCUUCACUAGAUUUAUCUGUAUUUAAUCAGAGUAAUGCGACAAGUCCUGAAGUUCCUAUUGUCGAAAUUGAUACUUCAAUUCUUCCUCUAGAUAUUCUGCUCUUUUUAACGGUUCAGUCAUCCACCAUACGAUUCGAAGGACAGCAACAACGUAGUGCUGCAGCCGAUUGUUUAUUGAAACUGCCAUCUUUAACGCUUAUGGCUUCCACUAGACCAAUGACUGAGGGUACUGAAGGAACUGAUAUUGAUUUAAGCGUUGGUGGAAUCCAUUUAUCAGCAACUUUAAGCGCAUUUUCUUUGAAUGUAUACAGUCCUCACCAGCGGUCUACUGCUCACGAUGCUUUAUCACUGACAUUGGAUCAUCUUUCUGUACUGAUUUCAAGGAGCAAAAACAGUCGAUUCGAAAUUGAUAAUAAAGUGCAGUUUGUUCUCACUGUUAAUAUUGGAUCAGCCAGUUUCAAUUAUGAUAUGCGUCGACUUGCUGAGCUCAUCUCUUUUCCAAAGCCAUGGUAUCGCCGUGCUAUUGUUCACCGAUUCUUUUUUGGUGAUCGUUUUGUACGUACACCAACUCAACGUUCCUCAUCGCCGAUGAGCAAGCUAUCUCAAGAAGAGUCUAACAUUCAAAAGAAGGAAUGGUGCGCUUCCGUGAUUUUUGCUAUCGAGUGGCGAGAAUUGAAUAUUAAUGCACAAAUGGCCAACACUAUGGGGAAUACGAAGUUAUGUCUUCGGGAUGGCGUAUUUCGAGGCCAUUGUCAGUUAAAUUCAAAAUCUGAGAAGAUUUUGAUGAUAAAUUUCGGUUUGAAAUCUGCCAACCUUUCUGCUUAUGGUGGCACAAUUUCUGGUCAAAUAUCAGUUAAUGAUCUUCUUAUUACUUGUGAAAACAAUAUAAUUUUAAAUAAACCUCCUAGAAAUAGUGCCAAAAUUAAAUUGGCUGAAACUGAAUGUCGCAUAGAAUGGAUGAGUCGACCGAUAUUCAUUGCACGAUGUGAUAAAGCUUCCAUUAUUAUUCAAGAUGAUUGGUCAACUAUUAAGGAUGAUACCGAACAAGUUAUCAAAGCAUAUGUUUCAGUUGCUUUAAACAUUUCGUGGGAAGAUUUACAGUUAAUAAUAACAAAGACUACCGUUGACGACUUGAUAAAGAUUGCGAUGAAGCUUCGUUCAUUUUUCCAGGAGCAAAUGAGAAAUAGUCAGCUAGCUUGGGGGAUUGUAAGCCCCCAGGUAAAUGAAAAUGAAAUAUUUAAAAGUGAAAAUAAUUUGAGACAUGGGCACUGCCAGAAGUACAGGCAUUGGCCAUCCGUAUUAGAUACGUUAACUGAGAUUCAGUCGAAGCAAAAAAUACUUCCUUUGCCAAAAGGCAAUGAUGGUGUAACUGCUGUUGGUGGAAUAUUAGAGUUAACUGGUGGACGUUUUUCACUGGCUUGUAUGAAUGGAGAAAUGAAUGCUUCUAGUUGGGCAUUGUUUCACAUGUUGCAACCAUCCAUUUUAUUUGAACCUGAGGCACAGUAUGCUUUUAUCUCUGAAAAGAAUGAUGUAGGUGUUUCAGUAACGCAGCGUCUUACUGUUAGGCUGGGUGAUUUAUCGUCAUGUCAUUCUGCCCUGCAUGAGACGAAGGCUUUAGUUUGUAGAAUUCAGCAAAGCCGUGGUUGUAUGGUUCGACAGACCAGUUCUAUCAGUACUUAUCUUGAACAUAUUAUUGGAGAUCCACUAAAGCAGCUCAGUAUGCAUCCUACAGAUUCUAGUCAGCCAACUGCGCAUCAUUCUGUUCUUCAACUUUUUCAGUUUCCUACUUUAGACGUAGUUGUAUCUACAUUACAGAAACAGGAAAUGGAAAUCGGUGAUGUGGAAAAUUUCAUACCAGAAGUUCUUAAUUCUUUCAUUUGUGAAUUUCACGAUACUGUAAAUGUGCAAACAGAUUUUAAUGCUCAAGUCAGCUUCUUGCCUGAACUCUUGAAGACUUAUAUUAAAACACAGGAUCAAGCGAAAGAGGAGAGAGUUGCAGAUACAAGUAGAGAUUUUCGACGUUAUAUUUGCGAGAAAUGGAUUGUGGAUCCAAAGAUUUGUUUUAUUGAUCGUUUUAAAUGGAAUCCACCAGUUAUUGAUGAGAUUUUAAAGAAACUGCAGAUAUUCGAUCAUCGACGAACAAUUCCCAAAGCUUUUCAACGUGGAAUUUUGGAUCCUUGUGAUGCACUUCUCGCGCAACUUAAUCUCGCUGUUAUGUCGAUUGGAAAAAAAUCAGCAAAAUCAAAUCGAAAUUAG